AUGACGCUGCGCAAACGAUUCAGUUCGGCGCAGGCAAAAGCAGUGCACAAAGUCGCCGAAUUUCUCCACAUGUCCAAGCUGACAUCUCCCCGCGGUACUAAGCGUCCCGCGACAGCGUCUCCCGAACCUGAAGGCUCCUCGCCGCCACCGCAUAAGCGGUUUGAAAAAGCCAAGAAUGGCGUCCGCAAUUUCCUGUCGCCUUUCAGCUCCAAGUUUCAGCACCAUGAGCCCGCUGUCGAGCUCCCUGUGAACAACGCGACUACUGCUGAGCACAUCAAGCCUACCAUCACGCGCGAUGAAAAUCGCAUUCGCGCUGAGGCUACCGUCUCAGCAGGCGACACGUCUAGGCUGGAUGAUGUGGUCAGUCCUCUACACGACAGCACUACGGCGCCGGCACACGGUGUCACUGUCCGCGCCGUAGGACCCUCAGAAGAUGAAGUUCGACUUAUCAUCCCACCUCGCUCAAGCUCGAAAGCCGCCCUUCAGAACUUGGAGCCUGAAUUCGCUCAUAGUGGGCAUGCAGAUGGCAUCUUCGACCACCAAAUCACCAACGGAUAUGAAGAGAAGGCGGAUCGUGGCGCCACACACCGCGCCUUGCGCGAAGGAAGUCCAGCGAGGGUGCAUGCCAUUGGCGCUAAGAAGCUGGAAGAGCAUGUCAAGGGCCACAAGACGAAGCCUUCGGAAGAUUCGGGAUACCAGAGCACACGGAAAGUGACACCGCCGCAGGAGGAGAACGAGGCCAUGAAGAUCGUGGAAGAGAAUGCUGAGGAACAAGAGGAUUCAACGUCAUCGAGUGGAAGCGGAAAGCAGAGUGUUGCUACGCCUCCACCGACACCGACUCCUCCUUCACCUGCGUUACUACUUGAGAAACCCGACAGCAAGCAGCAUCGGCCUCUAUGUGUAUCGCGUGAAGGUCCGCCAAAAGAUCCGCUCGCAAGGCAGGAAGGCAUUCUGGGCUGGGAACGCGAUCCUUUCGGUACAUGGCUACCCCAAUGGGAGAUGGAGCCGGAUCUUGAACUGAUUAAGGAAACUGUAUCACCAUACGGCUUCCUGUGUGGAUUCUCAAGCGAAGACAUCACUGUGCAGUUUCUGGCAGAGGGCUUAUGGAACAAGGUCUACACAGUUUCUUGUCCUGAUCACGCAGCCGGAACGGUGCAGCAGUGCAUAUUGCGCCUUGCUCUUCCAGUUGAUCCAUGGCACAAGGUUCAGAGCGAAGUUGCUACAAUGGAGUACGUUCGAAUGCAGACAUCCGUCCCGGUUCCCAAGGUCUAUGCAUUUGACUCGUCCGCAAACAACAAGUUACGCCUGGAAUGGAUACUCAUGGAGAAGAUUCAAGGAAAGCCGUACAACGAAGUCGAAGAUGUACUGGACUUCGACACGCGAGAGCAAUUGCAUAAGACAGCAGCCGACUGGGUGGAUCAGCUAUCGAAGCUCAAGUUCGAUAAGAUUGGCAGCUUGUACUGUCGUUGGGACCAACCCUCAUACAACCUCACAGCCUUCAUCCUCGGACCGGUUGUUCAUGCUGAAUUCUAUCCCGACUUCAGAUUACAGUACGGAGUGUUUCGAGGUCCGUUCAGAAGCCUCGCGGAUUUCUAUCGAUCCGUCAUUAGAGUACAUGAGUUGGAAGCACAAGACCAGCGCCAAAAGGACCGGGCCUUGUACUGGGAGACGCACAGUGACGGGGAGAAAGGACGAAUUGAGUCGAAGCAAGACAAGGCGGCCAAUGGCGAGCGCCAAAUAGAGCGGUGCAAUGGAAUCAGCAGCAACGAAACCGAUGGCGAUGUCGUAGACCUACGCAUGCAAGACGGCGAAGAAGUUGACCAGCACAUGAAGGAGUCGCUUUAUUCCGUCGAAGAUCUCGAACGGAUCCCAAAGUAUCUAGGGCACCUGAGGGAAAUCAUCCCUCUACUCGAUUCGGAUGAGCUCUUGGGCCCAGCACAUACGUUCCUUAACCACUGGGACUUAUCCAAAGAGAACAUCAUGGUUGACGAUGCCGGCAAGCCAAUCGCACUGCUUGACUGGGAACAGAUCACGACGAGCUCCGCAGCGAUGGCAACUGUGUUUCCAAGGCUAGUCGAGACAAAUGGGUUUACCGAACCGCCCUCUUGGCCAGCGGACAAGCCCAAAGAUGAGGAUCAACUCUGGCAGGAAAAGCUUUGGGAUCAGGUUCUACUGAAGCGGGUAUACGAAGCGCGGCUGAGGGAACUGAGUUCCCCGGUCUUGAGGGCCGAGGAUGAAUUAGACGACGACUUGGACACCUUGUGGCGGCAUGUCACCGACAUGGAUUACCACAGGUUUCCGAAUUGGACCGAGAGGAUCCACGAGGAGAAGCGUUGGAGGCUGGAGGGUCUUCAGGAAGCAUAA